ACUAAAUCAAUCGAUGACAGCGACUGAUUUUCGCAGUGUUCUCGGGUGGGUGACGACAUUUUGUCAAUAAUUCCUAAAGUUGUUGGGAUUGUAGUAUAUUUCUUUAGUAUUUAGUGUGUUUUUAAGCCACGAAAAUGGCUGAUAAUGAACAGAAAGCAAUGCAGUUGAUGGCGGAGGCGGAGAAAAAGUUGGGUUCAUCUAAGACCUUUCUCGGGUCACUUUUUGGGGGAUCAUCAAAGGUUGAAGAAGCUGUAGACUGCUAUCUCCGGGCCGGCAACCUGUUCAAGAUGGCGAAGAAGUGGGCGCAGGCUGGACAGGCAUUCUGCAAUGCGGCACAGUUGCACUUGAAGGCUGGUGUCCGCCAUGAUGCUGCCACCAACUUUGUUGAUGCUUCCAACUGCUACAAGAAGUGUGAUGCUAAUGAGGCUGUCUCGUGUCUGUUAAAGGCAAUUGAGAUCUACACUGACAUGGGCCGUUUCACUGUUGCGGCUAAGCAGCAUCAGAACAUAGCCGAGCUGUACGAGACCGAGUGCGUGGACCUCGCGCGCGCUAUGCAGCACUACGAGCAGGCGGCGGACUACUUCCGCGGCGAGGAGUCCACCUCCUCCGCCAACAAGUGCAUGCUCAAGCUGGCGCAGUAUGCGGCGCAGCUCGAGCACUACGACAAGGCCGUGCAGAUAUACGAGCAAAUCGCCAAGUCAUCCCUGGACAACAGCCUGCUGAAGUACAGCGCCAAGGAGUACAUGUUCCGAGCCGCACUGUGCCACCUGUGCGUUGACGUGCUCAACGCGUCGCACGCCAUCGAGAAGUACUGCGCGCUCUACCCCGCCUUCGCCGACACUAGGGAGUGCAAGCUUAUCAAGGAACUGAUCGAACACCUGGAAGACCAGAACAUCGACGGGUUCACCGAGGCGGUGAAGAACUACGACAGCAUAUCGCGACUCGACCAGUGGUACACGACCAUGCUCGUGCGCGUCAAGAAACAGAUCAACGACAACCCCGACCUGCGUUGAAUCCGCACCACCGUCGCCGCACAUGUUAGGUUUGUGUGCUGUAGCUAGGUUGAUUUGUGAGCGUUUCCACCUCUUUUCUAACACUAUAAUAGGCAAAUAAUCAAAGUACCAUUUGUAAAAAACGAACUCAACUGUAUGAGCUAUCUUGCUAUUUGUCGCCGCGCCGUGUAAAGCGUUGGGUAGCGUUUACUACGUCAUCUGCCGACGGUGUCCGCGCUAAGCUCUAAACUCUCUAAAGCAAGCGCUGUCAACUGUCAAAGGCACGAAACGAUAUAGUGUAAAUGCGCCCUAAGCCUGGGAUUAACUUACAUUUAAACCACGUCGCCUUAAAAUAGAGUAGUGCAAUGUUUUUACCGCUUAUCCAUAUAUAUCCGCAGCGGAGAGUAUUCAUUUGAUUAGCAUUAUUUAACUAACACGGUGGAAAUGCUCGUAAAUUUAUUUAUCAACAUCUAUCUAAUACUGAUCAGUAAAAUAUAUUUGUGUGUACUCUAGUGUAAGAUAACGUUUUACGCUAGAUUUCUUUUUUACAUUAAUGUUUAGGGACCGGUAUUAGAUAGUGUUGCAAUGUUACAGUCUGUUUCGAUGUAAAAGCCUUAUUGAACUGCGCGGUAUUUAGAAUCGUAUGAUGUCUUCUGAGUAUUAACUACUGAAACUAACUAAUUAGUGUGAAUUAAAUUACGUAUAUUACUAAAUACCGCAUAGUAUUUAAAAGCUAGGCACACAUUUAAAAUUCAAAACAUACAAAACAAUAACACUAAGCGCUUAAAAUUUCAACAAGUAUGUCAAUGUGUUUGUUUUGAAUUUUGAAUUUGUUUAUACAUAAAAGCUGUGGUUUAUUAUAAAUUAUGCGAUAGUAAUUUUAAUUAGAAAAGAAUGGAUUGUGGUAAAGAAUGGAAAUCUAAGAUAUCAUGCGAAAGUAUAACGGAAUUGUAGUAACGUUUUGAAAUUGAUUGGUUAGAUCAAUGUGUGUGACCAAAAGUGGUACAGUUAUAAUAGUAGCCUGAAUAUUAAAAUCGCAAUAUAUUCUAAGUCUGUGUUUGGACAAACUUCAAACUUUCCCAUACCUAGUUAUGAGACGAUUGUAGACCUUGCUUUCAUUCCUUUUAUAAUUUUAUAAGGUAUUGCUCAGAAGAGCACACAUCGAAGCGGCGACGCGGCUUGACAUGUUAAUGUAGAACAUCAGUGCUAUUCCAUAAUUUGUCUAAUCUCUACGUUACACUACGCCCCAUUACGCUUUUAAUGUUCGGGUCCUUUAAAUAGGACAGGAUUUUUACAUGUCAUUUAUAAAUGAUAAUAAUCAACUCGAGUCCAUAAUUCAAUCAGUAUGCUUAUAAUAGGAAGCAACAUUUUUAGGACUAGAAGCUAUUUGAUAAGAUCGAUUGUAGUCAACGUUCCUUUUAGUUUACGAAUAGUAAUAUACUAAUUGUUACUUAGCAACUUUACCGACACUUUACUACUGUCUGUAAAACAUCGCUAGAUGAGUUUAUCAGCGUCUACCGACCGUAGCAAUAAUAGUCAAGAGUCACUUGACGAAAUACGUCUAGUUUUUUUAACUAUAAAAAACCCGCAAAUGACGUUCGAUAUCGUACACAUAGUUAGUAUAAAUACUUGUAUGCGAAAUAGAUGUCCUAUUUAAAGGACUUGGCAUUUACAGUCACUUUAACGAUAGAUUUGUAAGACGCAAUAUUUAAGAUUUAUACUUAGAAAGUGUAUAAUAUGUAUGUACCUAUUAUCAUAAAUAGAUUCACGUUUCAUCGUAAUAAAUUAAAUUAUUGAA